AAAACCCAAGAGUAAGAGCAUUCCUCUCUCUCACACAAAUUUCUUUUUCCCUUUUGUGUCUCAAAUUGGCGUCAUCGGACACAGUCGUCUCUGAAGCGAUCGCGAUCUGAAUUUUCUUUUACUCAGAAGGUCGCCAUGGCUGCUUCAGAAGAGAAUACUGCAUUGUUUCCCAUUUUCAUUUUAACAAUAAUGGCACUCCCUUUAGUGCCUUACACGAUACUUAAGUUGUGCCGAGCAGCAUCCAAAAAAACGAAGGUCAUUCAUUGCCAGUGUUCAGAAUGCUCUCGCUCGGGGAAGUACCGCAAAUCCAUAUUUAAGCGGAUCUCAAACUUCUCAACAUGUAGUAACUUGAGUCUGGUGCUGCUCUGGAUCAUCAUGAUAUUCCUGGUUUAUUACAUUAAAAACAUUAGCAAGGAGAUUCAAGUUUUUGAGCCUUUCAGUAUACUUGGAUUGGAGCCUGGAGCUUUAGAUUCUGAAAUAAGGAAGGCAUAUAGGAGACUUUCUGUUCAAUAUCAUCCAGAUAAAAAUCCAGAUCCAGAGGCUCACAAGUAUUUUGUGGAGUACAUAGCCAAGGCUUAUCAGGCUCUCACAGACCCAAUAUCCCGUGAAAAUUUUGAGAAAUAUGGUCAUCCAGAUGGAAGACAAGGUUUUCAAAUGGGCAUUGCUCUUCCUCAGUUCUUGCUAGACAUAGAUGGGGCGUCUGGUGGCAUACUUUUACUUUGGAUUGUUGGUGUUUGUAUUCUCUUGCCUUUGGUGAUUGCUGUCAUUUAUCUCUCAAGGUCAUCAAAGUAUACCGGAAACUAUGUCAUGCAUCAAACUCUAUCCACUUACUAUUACCUCAUGAAACCUUCUUUAGCCCCAAGCAAAGUUAUGGAAGUCUUCACCAAGGCUGCUGAAUAUAUGGAAAUUCCAGUUCGUAGGACUGAUGAUGAACCUCUCCAGAAGCUGUUUAUGUCAGUCAGGAGUGAGUUGAAUCUGGACCUUAAGAACAUUAAGCAAGAGCAAGCUAAAUUUUGGAAGCAGCAUCCGUCUAUAGUGAAGACUGAGUUGUUGAUCCAGGCACAAUUAACCCGUGAAUCAGCAGCCUUAUCUCCAGCUUUGCUUGGUGAUUUCAAGCACAUGCUAGAACUUGCACCUCGACUUCUUGAAGAAUUACUGAAGAUGGCAGUGGUGCCACGUACUGCCCAGGGUCAUGGAUGGCUGAGGCCAGCAGUAGGAGUUGUUGAACUUUCUCAAUGUAUUAUUCAGGCUGUUCCACUUAGUGCAAGAAAGACAACUGGAGGAUCUACUGACGGCGUUGCAUCUUUCUUACAGCUUCCACAUUUUAGUGAGACUGUCAUAAAAAAGAUAGCUCGCAAGAAGGUGAGAACAUUUCAAGAACUUCGAGACAUGGGUAUGGAGGAUCGAGCUGAACUUCUUACUCAAGCAGCUGGAUUUUCUCCUGCUCAACUACAAGAUGUUGAGAUGGUAUUGGAAAUGACGCCUUCCUUAACAGUUGAAGUUACAUGUGAGACCGAGGGUGAAGAGGGUAUACAAGAGGGGGACAUUGUGACAGUUCAAGCUUGGAUAACACUCAAGCGUGGCAAUGGCCUGAUUGGUGCUCUUCCUCAUGCCCCCUAUUUCCCAUUUUACAAGGAAGAAAAUUUCUGGUUUUUGCUUGCGGAUGCUGUCUCAAACAAUAUGUGGUUUUCCCAAAAAGUAAGCUUCAUGGAUGAAGCUGUAGCAAUAACUGCUGCUUCGAAAACAAUUCAGGAGACAAUGGAGGUUUCAGGAGCAAGUGCUAAGGAGACAAGUGAAGAAGUUAAGAAAGCUGUAGAGAAGGUGCGAGGUGGCUCCAGAUUGGUGAUGGGAAAAUUCCCAGCCCCAGUGGAAGGGAACUACAAUUUGACUUGUUACUGUUUGUGUGACUCCUGGAUAGGUUGUGAUAAAAAGACAAACUUGAAGGUUAAAAUUCUCAAAAGAACACGUGCAGGUACCCGUGGUGGUCAUGUAUCAGAAGAAGGACCUCUUAUGGAGGAUGGAGUUGAAGAGGAAGAGGAGAAUGAAGAGGAAGAAUAUGAUGAUUAUGAGAGUGAGUACAGUGAUGAUGAGGAAGAUGAGAAGGAUACAAAACAGAAGGGCAUUGCUGCUAAUGGAACGGUGCGUAACAAAGGCUCAAGCUCUGAAGGUUCAGGCACGGAUGAGGAAUGAAACAAAAAAUUCCAUUUAUCGUCUAGAAGAAUAAGCACCCCCUUUUCAUUUUUUUUUUCAAAUUUUCUUCUUGUACUUUUUGGAAAUUAGUGAAUAAUUUAACGACCAUUACCAGGAUAGAUACCAAUAUUUGCUCUUUAAUUGGCAGAGGUCGUUGUUUACGCGGAAUGAUUGCAAAGUCAUGCAAUGGGCAUCCUACCCUUAUUA